GGAGAACUCGAGAUGAUAUUUCUCAAUUGGUCGUGGAACCAUGGCCGCUAUUAAGGGAUUCCUGCUGUUUCUUUUAUUUAUAGCUAGUUCUUAUUCGGCAAAGGUCAAUAGUUUGAACGGACUGUGGAAGUUCAGAGAUGAAGGUGGUGAAUAUGCUGAUCUUACUGGUACUGUUCCUGGUGGUAUUUAUAGUGAUUUGAUGAGCAACAAAAUUAUUGAUGAUAUAUUUUAUGGAGAUAAUGAUGUUAAGACUAAAUGGGUUCCUAGAAGUAACUGGACCUAUUACAGAAAUUUUGAUGUUACCGAAGAUAUUCUGAACAAUGAUAAUGUUAACCUGGUCUUCGAAGGUCUCGAUACGUUUGCCAGCGUGGUUGUAAACGAUAUCAUUGUGGGUUCCAGCAGAAAUAUGUUUGUGAGAUACAUUUUCGAUGUGAAGAAAGCUUUAAAAGUAGGAGAAAACAAAAUCGAAGUAAGCUUUCUUUCUCCUGUUGAAGUUGCAGCUAACCUAGCUGCUGAACAAGCGAAAACCUAUGUCGUACCUCCAACUUGUCCACCCAAUGAGUACAGAGGAGAAUGUAACGUUAAUAUGAUCAGAAAAAUGCAAGCUUCUUAUUCUUGGGAUUGGGGUCCAGCGUUCGCAUCUGUAGGAAUAUGGAAGGACGUAUACCUUGAAUCCUUUGCAGAGAGUGUAAUCAGAUAUGUAGCGGUUGACAUAGAAGAUGAUGAUCAGAACUGGAUACUGAAAGUUGAUACUUACCUAGGAGACAAUGCAAAACACCAUGUGCAAGGAAAACUUACAUUACAACAAAAAACCAAUGACCAGACUCUUGAACAAAGUGUGGAUAUUGAUAUUGUGCCUAAUGACCAAAACGAACUACUUCAUAGCACUGUCAUAUCUGUCUCCAAAGAUGCUGUCAUUCCUUGGUGGCCAAAUGGAUAUGGAGGCCAACAACUUUAUGAUUUGACAGUCACCUUUGAUAGUAAAAGUGGUGAUGAAUCUAACAGCAAAGUCACUCGAAUUGGUUUCAGGAAAAUCGAACUUAUUCAAGAUAAACUUGAUUAUGGUACUACUUUUUACUUUAAAGUGAACGGAAUGCCAAUUUUUAUGAAAGGAUCCAACGAAAUACCUCUAGACAUCCUUCCAGAACGGGGACAAUCAAAAAGUUUAAUAAAAAAACUGCUCAGUACAGCCAGAAACUCGCACAUGAAUAUGUUGCGCGUGUGGGGCGGUGGAGUAUACGAAUCAGACUAUUUCUACGACUUAGCCGAUGAAUAUGGUAUUCUGAUUUGGCAGGAUUUCAUGUUCGCUUGUGCCAUGUAUCCAACGUCCGACAGUUAUUUAGAAAAUGUCGUGGAGGAAGUAAGGCACCAAGUUAAUCGUUUGCGUUCUCAUCCUAGUAUUGCAUUGUUCGCUGGAAAUAACGAAAAUGAAGCUGCUUUACGUCAAAGUUGGUACGGUACCGCUAGCGAUUUCCAGAGAUAUUAUAACGAUUAUGUCAAACUCUAUUAUACAACUAUUCAAACUGAGGUAGAACGUAUUACGGGAAAAAGAAGAAUUUACUUAAUGUCUAGUCCAUCAAAUGGAGUUGAAUCUAUUAGUGAAGGAUACGUAGCACAGAAUCCGGGUGAUUAUGCCUAUGGAGAUGUUCACUUUUACAACUACGUUUCUGACCCAUGGGAUUCCAAUAUAUACCCUGUAUCAAGGUUUACUUCAGAAUAUGGUUACCAGUCAUUGCCAAGCUACAGAUCUUUGUUAGAAGCGACCAAUAACGAAUCAGACCUGAACAUUAACAGUGCUUUUAUGGAUCAUAGACAACACCAUCCUCAAGGAAAUGAACAGAUGAAAGCUCUUAUCGAAUUUAAUUUGAAAUUGCCCGAUGAAAGUCAUCAAAAUUAUUCCAAAGCUUUUAUUUAUUAUCUACAGAUAGCCCAAGCAGUCGGAAUAAAAAUCGAAACGGAGCAUUACCGUCGUUACCGAAGCAUUUUGAAUGAUCAAGGUCUAGGUAGAACUAUGGGUGCUCUCUAUUGGCAGCUAAAUGAUGUAUGGUUAGCUCCAACUUGGGCUGGCAUUGAUUUCACCGGUAGGUGGAAGAUGCUCCAGUACUUUGUAGGUGAAUUUUUCGCCCCAAUCAUUAUAACUGGCCAUAUCAAUUCGGCUAGAACUCUUGAAAUAUAUGUAGUUUCAGAUGUUAUAGUACCUCUUCCGGGUCUAGUAGCUUCAAUUAGAGUAUAUAAAUGGGAUUCUUUAACACCAGUUUCUACUGAAGAAGUCGCUGUUGAUAUGCAAGCAGGUGAAUCUAAACUUGUAAAAUCAAUUCCAACAGACAGCUACUUGAGCGAGAAAGGAUGUGGCGAUUCUCCUAAAGACAACUGCUUCUUCUCAUUAGUUGUUAAAAAUGGAAAUGGAAAUUAUCCAGUUGGACCAAAUAAUUAUGUAUUCCCAUCUCCUCUUAAAAAUUCACAUCCAGAAAGGCCGAAUGUUAAAAUUGAAUCAGUAAAAGUAUACAAGGCUGAUGAGAAUAUGUUUGAAGUUACCGUUUCAUCAGACAAACCUGCAUUAUUCGUUUGGUUAGACACUGAAAUAAAGGGAAGGUUCUCAGAAAAUGGAUUUGUCCAAGUAGAUUCAUCUAAAAGCAUCUAUUUCUACGGCGAGGAAGAGACCAGCCUUUCAGAUUUUCAACAAUCCCUGACUAUCAGCAAUCUUCUUGAUGAACAAUAUUUUUAAGUAAUUUUUUAUAAAUAAACUUACACUAUAA